UUUCUCAGGGAGGGUAAAUUCAAAUGCACUGCGUCCUGUAGCCAGAGCAGAGAGCUACCAGAGAGGCCUUCUGGCUUCAAAUGUGUCUUUGCCACAGAACUCAAUUUAAACAUGCUCUGUUUUGCCAUUUAUAAUGUGAAGAUAGCAGUAAUGCUUUGCCUCAAACUAGGUGUCGAUUGUGGAGUGUUGUUUUUACAGAGAAUACUGUAAUCUGCAAUCUCAUUGCAAUCUGCCAUCCCAUUUCUACAUGCAGUGGCAAAGAAGGUUUUUGCUUAGCCCCCUCCACAGCUCUGUGUUUUCCCCAGAGCUGAGAUCCACCAAGCACCUAAGCACAUGGAACAUUCCCUGCUCUUCAGCUGGGUGGACGGGCCUUUGAGAUGAACUCUCUGUCUCCCUAGUAGAAGAGUUUUAGUACUUGUCACUGCUGCAUGUGCUAGGGGAGUACAUGAGAAAUUACACCCCAAACCACAGAGAUUUACCUGCCAGUUUUCUGUCCUUCUGCCCAGGCAGUGAAUGGAAAAUGCCACGUUCCUUUUUGGUGAAGAGCAAAAAGGCUCAUACCUACCAUAAGCACCGCUUUGUGGAAGAUGACCUGCCUAUACUAACCUGGGAUCCAGUAACCUCUCCCUUCACUGACAUAGGAGACAAGACACCGGAGGACAUAAAGAAACAGGACCUAGAAUGUGUGAUUCCAAAACAAGAAAAUGACCCAUCUGAACUGAAAGAAGAAAGUGUCCCUGUCCAGUACCUGAGCAGGAUGCCAUCGGGCCCUUCAGCUCAAGAGAUGGCCAUCCCAAGUCUGCAGAUCAAAGACUGCACUAACACGACAAGCACCCCUUCAUUCUACAAAAUCGGCUUUUCUUGGGAUGCUUUCCAUUUGCCAUACAGCUACCGACAGAUGUCUCCCACCAUGCAGUCAGCCAUUCUGGAGCACCCAGUUAGCCUCUAUGGAAGCCACCUCCUGCCAAGCAGUGAGCCCCCUCUGGAUUACAGCAUGCAUUAUUCCUCAGACAUGGAAACCUACCAUUGUGUGAAGUGCAACAAGGUAUUCUCCACUCCCCAUGGACUAGAGGUCCAUGUCCGAAGGUCUCAUAGUGGGACACGUCCCUUCGCUUGUGAAGUAUGUGGCAAAACCUUUGGACACGCUGUAAGCCUGGAACAGCAUACCAAUAUUCAUUCCCAGGAAAGAAGUUUUGAGUGCAAGAUGUGUGGGAAGACAUUCAAACGUUCCUCCACUCUCUCCACUCAUCUGCUGAUCCAUUCAGACACACGGCCCUAUCCCUGCCAAUACUGUGGCAAGCGCUUCCACCAGAAGUCGGAUAUGAAGAAACACACUUACAUCCAUACUGGGGAGAAGCCCCACAAAUGCCAGGUAUGUGGUAAAGCCUUCAGCCAGAGCUCCAACCUCAUCACUCACAGCCGCAAGCACACCGGCUUCAAGCCCUUCAGCUGUGAGCUCUGUGCUAAGGGCUUCCAGCGCAAGGUGGAUCUACGGAGGCACCGAGAGACCCAGCACAGUCUCAAGUGAGAGAUGGCUCCCAGUCUUUGCUGGAGCUUCCACUCCAGGGAAUAAGACUCUCCCCAGCAUCUCCAUCCACCGUGGGGCUGCUUACCCUGUGAAGCCCAUAUAGUGUCCUGUGUUCCCUUAGGGACUGGCAAAGUCAUGUCAUUGGCUUUGGAGUUCUGGCACACCAGGGCCUUGUGCAUCCCAGUAGGUGACAAAGAAACCUGCAGGAGCUCUCACUUUUCAAUUACAACAGGUACCAGCCCAUAUCUGACAUCACCUGCUCAAGUGCAAAGCCAGAGGAGUUCCUCCAAGGUCACUAUUACUCUGGUUUUACACCAUGUGCAGGAUUUGGUUCAUCAGACUGAACCAGCAGUGAGAUGGGAACUCCUGGGCUAGUGGCAGCAACGGUCUGUGCCAAGUUAGUGCUGUAACCAUGUUCUGCUUUGAUGGUUAGGAAGAUAAGGCCAGGGCAUGCAAAUAGACUGUGUUCAGUGAGCUGUGUUCAACCUGGACAAGGCUUCUGCAGAGACUUGCCCAGGUCAUAAAUUCUGGCAACAGGCACCUAAAGUAAUUUUCUUUCAGCAGAACAUUUACUGUGAUCAAAUGACAAGUUAACUGUGUUGUAUUUUUAGCUUGGAGUGGGAGGAAAACACUGAGAAAACAGCUCCUUAUCCCUAGCUGAUAACAGGGGUCUCUAAAUGCAUUCCCCAUAUGUAUUGUGCUGCAAAGAUCCCUGAGUUAGUGGUAUCCAACCAAGCUCCAGAGAGAGCCAUGCCACAGCAUGAGGCAUAAGCUAAUAAGCCCCAUGUCUCAGUACCACACAAGAGAGACUGGCUGCUCUAGUCAUCCAGGCCGGUAUGUCCCACAGUAUUUCGCUGCAUACCAACUUAGAGGUGUCCUGGGCAAUCCUAUGUCACUGCAUAGUCAGGACUGGCCCUUGGGUAUCAACGUCAAGGGCCAGAGUUCUGCUUUCCAGCCACUCUCUCAAAGGAGGAAGUGACCCAGCCUGUACACUUUGGCAGAGUAUGCAAGUACCUUACAAAUAUUGUACAAACAGCUGUGAUAUUUCCUCCUUCCAGGUCUAGGGGUUAAAGCAAAGCACUGGAACAAGUAAAGAGCCACUUCCCCUCCAAGCUGUGCUAUGUUCUCACUAUAUAACCUUUGGCAAGUCACUGCACUGGGCUUUUAUUUCUCCACCCCUCCUGGUGAUGUGGAGUCAUUCACUCAGGUUUAUAGAGUCCCUCCAGUUCUUAACAGGAAGGACAAAGUAUUAUUAUAGCAUUAAAAAGACAAGUUCUUUCAGUUAAGCAGGGCACUGUAUCAGCACACAGCUCACCCCAUAACUACAUCACUAAACAUGUGGCCUUGGACAAUGACACCUGUGGGAAGUAGCCUGGAGAAUGGGCCAUCAUGGGCAAAGAAGACACGGAAAACUCAUUUAUUGCCAGGAGAGAAGUCCAUCCUGCCUUCAAUUACACUGCUGUAACUCCAGUUAUUCUCCUAAGACCUAAAAUGUACUUGCCCCUUUUUUAUGUGCCUAAGCUGUUAGUCAUUAAUAUUCAUUCUGGAAGCUCAAGAGUCUGUACUCCUGGCUUUACUUGUACACUGUAAAUGUAUUUAUAAUUGUUCUAAUGUAUAUUUUUAUUGCACUAUACCAGACAGUGACAACAUGUACAGGACUGCUGGGAUUUAUCUGAUAAAUCUGUUUCCUCUCGGUAA